AUGAAGAUGGAACAAGGAGAAAUGAACGAGAUGGGAUCCAAGAAGACAGUGACAGAUCUCCAAGAUGAAAAGCCAACUGAUACCGAUUCAGGACCUCAGGGCCAUACUGAGGUUUACGCCAUUUCUAAGGCAGAAGAACUCCAAGAACAACAUUCUUUCUCUUCACACACUCAGCAAAGCAAGAGGCAGGUGCUAUCAGACAUUGGAAUAAUGGCAUUGCAGCAACUGAAAAGAGAGUUAAAGCACGGUAGCACUCUGGUCGACAUGAACAUAUUCCUCGAUAAACUGGCGGAGAGGCACAUCAUUACGGUGGUUCAAGAAAGGGAUUUGAAAGCCAUUAAGAAAAGUUUUGAACUUAUUGAUGAAACUUUCUUCAUCCUCCUUGGGAAAAAUCCUCAGCUCACCUACCAGAGUGUUUUGGAGAUUCUACAGGAAAUGGGGAGAGGGGACAUGAUCGUGUACCUAGGUAUUUCAAAGAGGUUGAUCGACCUGUAA